UGACGCAUGCUCAUACGCAGUGGCAGCAAGGACUCCAAAUCGAUAGUCGAGUGAAUCAUUGGAUCCUCCCAUAGGAUUGCAUCUAUUACAAUGGCAGAUAAACAAAAUGCUCAGAAAAGUGUUAAAAUAGCAGCUGGAGCCGUAGUUUGUGUUGAAAGUGAAAUCAGAGGAGAUGUGACCAUAGGCCCCAGGACAGUAGUCCAUCCAAAAGCUCGUAUCAUUGCAGAGGCAGGGCCCAUUGUGAUUGGAGAAGGCAAUUUAAUCGAGGAGCAGGCUCUGAUUAUUAAUGGUUAUCCAGAAAACAUCACACCCGAGUCUGAGGUGGAACCAAAGACAAUGACCAUUGGCAUGAACAAUGUAUUUGAAGUUGGCUGUGUAUCACAAGCCCUGAAAAUUGGGGACAACAACGUCAUUGAAUCCAAAGCUGACGUUGGUAGGAAUGUGAUCCUCACCAGUGGCUGUAUCAUUGGAGCCUUCUGUCAGGUCAACACGUGUGAAGUCAUUCCUGAAAACACGGUCAUCUACGGCUCUGGAUGUAUGAGGCGGGUUCAGACGGAGAGACCACAGCCCCAGACUCUUCAACUCGACUUUCUGAUGAAGAUUUUGCCAAACUACCACCAUUUGAAGAAAACUGUUAAAGCUGGCCACAACGCCAGCUAAAUGGAAAUGUUCCCUUUUUUUGUUAGUUAAUUGUUAAUGGCUAGCAAACCCAUAUUUAAAUACCACAUUCUGGCAGGUAGUAUGAAUGUAUAUGACCAUAUAAUAUGUACUUAAGCUUCAUCAGGAAAAUGUCUCUUAUUGAUAAAUAUUUUCUAAUAUAACCGCAACAGCUGAUUAAGUUUUUCCUCUUUAUCUUGCUGUGCUGAUGUACCCUUUUCUAUGAUUCAUUAAAUAACCUAAAAAAUGC